AUGGACGAGCGAGGGAGGAGGAGGCAUGGCGGGCUGAACCAGCUGGCAUGCCCGGCUGUUCACCCACUUGUACAUGCCGCUCUAGUAGCGUGCGUCCUCGCCUUCGGCUCAGCCAUAGAGGUUCUGCCCGAGGUGAAGCUGGACGGUUUGAUUAGGUCCAAGUUCCAGGGGAAGGUCGCUGCUGUGACGGGAGGAGCUUCGGGGAUAGGUCUAUCACUCGCUCGACGAUGCCUCAGGAGCGGAAUGAAGGUCGUGCUGAGCGAUGGGAACCCAGACUUGAUCGACAAGGCAAGUCUGCAACUCAAGCAGGAGAACUUGGAGGGUUUCUGCACGCUGCGAGCAGAUGUCAGGGAUCCCGAUGAUAUGGCGAGCGUCCUUCGAUGUUGCCAGGAGAACUUCGGAAGAGUGGACAUCUUCUUCAACAAUGCGGGCGUGAUUGGUGAGCCGGACAAAGGAGUUCUGGACACACCUCUAGAAUCGUGGAAGUGGAUCCUUGACACCAACGUUGUCGGGUUGAUCAACGGGAUGCAGACGUUUGUUCCCUACAUGGAGAAGCAAGGGUUUGAGACGCAUAUCGUGAACACCGCCUCUGGGGCUGGUCUGUACAGUCAACACAGGGCGACUAUGGGUCCCUAUGUAUCAUCCAAGCACUGUGCCGUUGUACUCACUCAGGCCAUGAAGGUAGAGCUGGCUCAGAGGAACAGCUCAGUCACUCCGCAUCUCCUUUGCCCCUCGGUGGUGGCGACGCCGCUGGUUCCCAACUCGAGGUUCUACCUUUCAAACAUCCGAGCUCUUGACAACGAGCUGGACCCGAUCUCGAAGCAGUUUGACGAGCGACUCAAUCAAGACGGCAUGACUCCUGACAUGGUCGCCGACUUAGUGCUGCAGGCCGUUGUCGAGGACCGGUUCCUCAUUAUGACCCACCCCGAGAUCACUGAGAAGAGGAUCACCUCAAGGUACCAUGAGCUCAAACAAUCCCUGAGCGAGCAGCCAAACACUGGAUAUUAG